CGCCAGACCGAGACCCCCCGCGCCGACUGGCCCGUGAAUGGCCUGACGACCACGAUGCGGGUGCUCCACUUCAUGCUCCCCAUGGCGGACGGGGCGACGUCGUGGCUCAACCGCUGGGUGGCCAUGAAGCAGGCCUCAGAGACGGACGACGCCGACAGGCUGUACGAGACGCUGUGCCGUGUCGUCGAGACCUUGCGCUGCCGCGACCAGCUGAUCAUCUGCGGGCUGUCUUCCUACGAGUUCCUAUCGCGGCAGCUGCUGAUGGGCCAGGCCAAGGACGGCGCCGCGGCCGCGGCCGCCGACGUUUCCUCCGAGAUUGGCCACUUCCUCGGCACUGGAGAGACGUUGGGCAAUUUGUGCAUUCUCCCACCCGUAAUGGAUUGGUUUGCUGAGCAGAUGAAGAGUGAGGCUACCGUUGCGAAGGAACGCCGCAAGGCUCGCGAGGAGCGGGCCUUGCGGACGCUGGUCAGGGGGGGCUUCACGGCGCGCCACCUGCUCGCGAGCCUGGCCAGCUUGGUGACCAUCGCCAGCGAGACGUUUUUCCGCUUCCUCUUCUUCCAGUGGAUGGGCGUCGCCAUCUUCCGCUUGGACGUGGGGCUCGUCUGCGCGCCGCCAAAGGCAGCCGCUGUGGACUACAUCGCGGGCCUGUACCGCGACUUCGAGCUGCCCGCCGCCUACUCGGAGAGAGGCCGCGAUUGCGAAGCAUCCCUCGUAGAGAUGCUCGCACAGGCACCUGGCUACGCUGGUGACAGCGGUCGAGUGCGCCCCUACAGCACGCCGCUUGUGGCCUGGCCCGAGUCGACGAAGGCAGUCUCCACUUGCGGCGUCGUCCCCGAGGCCGACUCCAUCGUGCUGCAGGAUUGGAGGCAGAGUAUGCUGAAUCCCGAGUCGGUGGCGGCGGAGCUGCGCGAUUCGCUGAGGGUUAUCCGCCUUUAUGUCGAUCCUGAGCUGCGCUUUAAGCCGAAGUCCUACGCUGAGUUUUUGAAGCAGCUGGAGGGCCACGGCAUGAUCUCCUGGCGGGUCUCCAGCGAACAGGCAUCCUUCUCUACUGGUCUCUUCUUCGUGCAGAAAUCAAGCGGCAAGCUGAGGUUGGUGUUCGACACCAGGCUGGCCAAUUGCAGUUUCUCCUGCCCGCCAGCCACUCGUCUCCCCACGCCCAGCGCGCGGGCCAGCCUUGACUGUGACGACAGUUUUCAUUUCGCGCAGGGCGACAUUCAGUGUGCUUUUUAUCAUUUACGUCUGCCAGCUGGCAUGGAGUCGCUGUUCUCUCUGCCUCCGGUAAACAACAUAUUUGUCGGCCUCGCGUCGGUCAACGGGGUUCGUCUUGGCAUCAACGACUGCGCCCAGCCUCUUGUCACGGUCGUUCCCAUGGGAUGGAGUUGGGCCCUUCACUUGCGCCAGAGUGCGCUGACGAGAGCCCUGUCGGAUGUCGGGUUCGGUCGCGACGAUGUGAUUCUGGAUGGGGGCUGCCCGCGGCCCUUGGUCGCUGAGAAGGACGCGGUGUGUGCAGGGUACGUUGGCAACUUCUGUGUCGUAUCCAAGUGUGCCGAGACAGCCGCGUCCCUGGCGCGUGCCGUUGCUGACCUUCUCACGGCCCGCGGGCUGCCUGCCUUGGAGUUCUCCCCUGCGGUCAGUAAGGGGGUAUUCACGGGCUUGGGGAUCGACGGAGCCUCUGGGAUCAUUCGUGUUCGUCCUGACCGCCUCGCUCGCACUCGUCAAGCCGUUCUCGGGCUUUUGAAGCGUGGGCGGGCCUCUGCUGGGGCCCUCAGCGCGCUCGUAGGCCACUGUACUUGGGGGAUGAUCCUGAGGCGCGACGUUCUGAGCAUCUUUAACGCGGUCUAUCGGUUCAUUGGGGCUGUGGGACCUCAUCCUGGACCCCUGUGGCCCUCGGUCGUCAGGGGGUUGUCGGCUGCCGUGGCCCUCAUCCCGCUCUGGAGUGCCUCUACGAGGUCGGCCGAGUCGCCGAACGCUGGAGAUAUCGUCAUGGGGAUGCCGUGCUUGCCAGAUCACAUGCCCUUGACGUCGACGGUCGUGACGAUGCUGCCGACG